AGCCAAAACCGUACACGAAUAGAAAUAUAGAAUAGUCUGAAUAUAAUAGGUACAUUAUUUAAUAUUUAUUUAUUUUUUAUAACAAUGUGUUCACGGUCAGAAAUCGGACGUUAAAAAAAGCUUGUAUACAUAUGAAUCAAUACUAUCCACUUAGAAUAUUAUAGUAUCUGUGUGUAAUGUUUUUCCUUGGAAAAUGAUUUUUUAUGAAUUAUUUGUGUUAUAAAUGUGUAGGUAUUAAUAAAUUAUUAAUAUAUCAUUGGUUACUAUAAAUACCUAUAAAUUCCACGUUCAAAUUAAUUGUCUGGUCUAAUACAUUGUAAUUAAUAUUAUUUACAUAUGAAUUUUGUUCAUAAUUGAAGUAUACCAUAUGAUUUCAUUGAUAAUGGUUAUUGCUCAACAGUCAUGAUAAUUUAAAGGAACAAUUUUCACUUCAGUCAUCAAUUUGUGUUUAAACACAAUAUUAAAUAUAAAAUCAAUGAAGUACAUAAUAUUGCUAUCAAUGAAUGGACCUCAUUGGCUGAUACCAUUAUUUUUGGAAUUGAUCCAUUAAUCAUAUAAAUGUGUAUAGGAUAUAACUUAAAUAGUUACAUAAAUAUGGAUAGUCAAAGUCAGCAUUUAAUUGAUCACAAUUAUAUUCAGCAUUUUAAAGAAGAAAUUAAUGUUUCAAAUCAUAUAGUUGACCAUGAUUAUGCCUUACCAGUCAUUACGUCAGUACCAGAUAAUGAUGAUGAAGAUGUUCCUGAUGCUGUUAUUGUUGAAAAACCAAAAAUUUACAGAAUCCUCCCCGGCAUUCAACGCAAUACAAAAAUAUAUGUGGAUAAUUUAGGCUAUAAAUAUUAUAAGAAAAAAUUGCUUGUCAAUACAAUAACAUUAAUAUGUGAACGGCAACGAAAUCCUAGUCGUCCAAUAUGUUAUGGUACAGCAUCAAUUAGUAUAGAUAUAUCGGAUAACCACAUUUCUAUUCGAAAUCCUCAUAACCAUGAGCCUCCUGUUAUUGAUCUAAAUGUACCACUCUUAAGGAAUGCACUCACUGAAAGAGGUCUUGAUCCAACAAUUACAACAAUGUCUGUUCGGAGUAUUUAUAACAACGAAAUAAUUUGGCACCAAGAAGCGGCUAAAAAUUAUACAUAUACCCAAACUAAAGCAAGAGUAAAAAGGAUGAGGAGAUUACGGAAACUAAAAUGUUGAUUAUUGUUGUUUAUCAAUUCUUUAUUAAAUUUAAACAACAUGUAAAUGAUCUCUUGGUAAUUGCUUAAUUAUUUUGUGGAAAGGUGCACGAAAAUUCCAAAGAGAAGAUACAACCAGACUGAUUAAGGAAUGUGGCAGCUGACCGGGGUCAGUAACUUCUUGGAAUUCUUAAGAAUUGUUAAUCAUAUUGAUGAUCAUGUUCAACAAGUUCCUUCGAGUAUGUUGUUUUAGUAGUAUUACAUAUUUAUAAUUACAAUUAAAAUUUCUAAAAUAAUUUUACUACAGCCUAACUCAUUAAAUAAGAUGGUGUGAUUUUUGAAAAUGUAUCAUCAUAAAUUAAAUUAAUUGUUUUACUUAAUUGAUAAUUAUUGUUAAUACAUUAUUAUUGUUCAGUGUCAUAAUAAAGUAAUAAUAUGGUGAUUUUUA